UUUGCUGAUAUCGUUCUUUCUGUACAUCAACAGAAAUCGAAGCAAUAGCAAAAGGCUAUACAGCCUGAUAGGGGCUUUUGCUCCGAGAUACAGUUCAGCACGCAGUUAUAAUAGAAGUAGAGAAACAGCAGCAAUGUACAAUAAAAAACAUAAGAUAAUCAUUGAACAAUCUAAACUGUCUCUAUAGGUAUAUAAAAUAACAGAAGUUUCCUGACCUUGUGCGUGUCCUCUUGUUCAUUACUAAUAAAGUAGGACCUCGUUAUAGGAUGAUCGUGAGCACCACGCGACUAUCUUAACUGUAUUGGUAUCUUCACUGUAUCCGCGUAGUUCAGAAUUUUUGCCUUUCUGUAAAUACGAAAAAAGGCUUUUCUUUCUAUGGGCGCCUCAUUCUCGUUCAAAAGAGCCAAUAAGACUUGCUUUUUGACAAAAGAAUUGCACAUCAUUGGUAACGGUAUCUUGAGAUGAGACUGCUGACAAAAUGUUUGUGAGCAAAGUUCAUUGAUUCUUUUACAAUACGUGGCAGAUUUCACUGUGAAUGUGAAAGGCAGUUCAAGCAUCUUUGGGUGUGAAGGGCUCAAAUUCGGUUGUUUGUGCAAUUUUUUCUUGUGAUCUUGUCAGAAUUUACUGAAGCCGUUAAAAGAGUAAAUAGUAAUCCUUCGCCGUCUCCCUUGCGUUUAAUUAAAUUUGAAUCGCAUGAAGAGCUCUAGUCAUGUUGUGUUGCCCGAAAUCUGAACGACAAUAUUGUUACACGCGUGGUGCAGAACAAAGCAAGAGAGUGGCUGGCAUCAUUUCAUGAGUGAAUACUUGCACACAUUGAUAAGCGCCCCAUGAGAGGAAAACACGUGUUCUCGUCGUUCCUAAAUAUAGUAAGGAAACAUUUUGUAGGUAUUCUUGAGUGCGAUCGCGCAAACAGCUCGCUUUUCCGUUCGUUCGGUCUGGCUGCGACGUCACAAAGUAGGCCGUCCGCAAGAUUUGUGAGAACGGGAGGGAGAGCACAGCCAAUAAACGAGCGAGCCCAGCCCCGGAAGUUUGCGUCACCAGUUUGAGCUUCGAUCGGGGACGAUACAUUAAGUGCAGAAUGUUUGCGAUGCUUUAAUAAUUAAACACGUAAUAUAAGAAAAAGAUUCUUACUGUUGCAACAUAUAAUCUGCCUCGGAAAUCUCAUGCGAGAGCAGAAAACUAAUUUAAGCGGCAUAUAUUUUGGUUUAGUCCGCUAGGUGGUAUCGCACACGUCAAAACAAAUUGGCGGGAGCGCGCAGUUCAAUUGCAAAAUCGCUGUUCGUCAGUUGCCAAAAUGUCGUCGCACAAGAACGUCAAGCUUGGCCCUCACGUGUCGCCACACCAACGCGAACUGUUGGUGGCGUUUAUGGAGGGCCAUCCCUAUCUUGUGCGGGCAUCGUGUGCACUCACACCGGAGUGCACGGUGGAGCGGAGGCGGCAGCUUUGGAGUGAGCUCGCCGCCCUGCUGAACACUGAGGGCCCGGCCGCCAAGACAGCCGAACAGUGGCAGGUCUUUUGGCGGAAAGAAGUAUAUCUUUCGCGCCGAGAUGCCGCCACAGCUUCCGCAAGUCAAAGGUGAGGUCGAGGAGCGGUUCUGUUGCUCUCGAUAUUUACAAUGCUGUCCGUAAUUGCAGCGGCACGGGUGGUGGCCGUCUGCCCGGCCUUCGUGGCCGCAUCAUCGCCCUAGUGGGCACCUCCACGGUGACCGGAGUGUGCGAGGCUUUUUACCAACCACUCGACGAGCCCGCCAUGGAGGUGACCGUGGAAUCUGUGGGCACCACCGCAGGAACCAGUGGCCUUUCACGUGAAGGAGCACUGCAGCAGCCAGGAGUGGGCCCUGUUGAGCCACUGCCCCGAAGCCCUCCAGCCACUGCACAGCCUGCAGCUGGCCCUGGCGGAGUGAGAACCAGCUACCAACCCCGGGUGCAGCGCCGGUCGCGAGGCCCUCGUCGGGCGUCCCACCGGGACGCCUUGGUCGAACGGCUCGCGGAUGACUACGCCAGGACCGUCGCACAGAACGACGAGACAAACGAACUCCUGCGUGGUAUCCGCCAGGGCGUAGACCGGCUGGCUGCAGCUACUGAGCGGGUCGUGGCUGCUGUGGAGCGGCAGGCCGACCAAGUAGCGGAGGCACUGCGGCCAGUGGGGCAGCUUUCGCAGCUCUUGGGCCAGCUGAUGCAGGAGGCAGUGGCUGCAAGGAGGGAAUAGGCGAUUUGAAGUUUUACUAUUUAUUACUUGUAUUUUUUGUAUUAUUCAUUAUUAUUCGUUCAUUAUUAUUCGUUCAUUAUAACUUUGAUCUUGUUUUGUACAUUUGAAGUUUUAUUAUUUAUUACUUGUAUUUUUUUGUAUUAUUCAUU